UGUAGCAAGAUGGCGCCGUGAGCCAUCCAUUCCUUGCCCUUAGUGUGACGUGAAAUGUCCGCGCCGGAAGCGCAACGGUGCAGCUGGCUGUACGGAACACAUGGGCUGUCUCCCUCCGCGUGUGUAAAGACUGUAUGCCGGGACGCAGCGGCCGGUGGACGGUAUAGAGUAUGGCGGCCCCCGCUGUACAGUUUAAGACCAACUAUGUCGUGGACAGAAAAAUUGAAGCUUUCUACAAAGGUGGAAAAGUUCAGAUAAAUAAAGACGGGACUCACCUGAUAUGUACCUGCGGAAAUAAGCUCAAUGUUCUGGAAAUUGCUACCGGUGCCGUUACACGUACGAUACAACAGGAUGAUCAGGAAGACAUCACGUCUUUUGCACUCAGUCCAGACGAUGAGAUCCUGGUAACCAGCAGCCGUACCCUACUCCUGAAGCAGUGGCAGUGGCAGGAGGGCACCUGCUCUCGCACGUGGAGAGCCAUCCACACUGCACCAGUCUCUAGUAUGACCUUUGACCCCACUUCCACCCUACUGGCUACUGGAGGAUGUGAUAGCACCAUAAAGAUCUGGGAUGUCGUCAAGCAGUACUGCACCCAUAACCUGAAGGGGUCGUCCGGAGUGGUCCAUUUGGUUGACUUCCAUCCUGACAUGUCCCGUCUGCAGCUGUUCUCCUCCUCCAUGGAUUAUAAGAUACGUAUGUGGGAUUUGAAGUCCAGCCAGUGCCUGUGUAUUCUGGAGUCUCACUACAGCGCGGUCACCUCCCUCUGUUUCUCCCCUGAUGGAGACACUAUGAUCAGCUCAGGACGGGACAAAAUCUGCACCGUGUGGGAUCUGGUGACCAGGACCUCUAAGAGAACCGUUCCGGUGUACGAGAGUGUGGAAGAUGUGCUCCUUCUCCCAGAGGACCCUGAUCUAAUCGGCAGAGAGCAGAACCCAAACUCUCUUCUCUUCAUCACAGCUGGUAGUAAAGGCAUAGUACAGGUGUGGGACGCGGCCACCUCAAAGUGCGUGUUCAGCCAGACCUUGCCUCACACCAGUAAGAAGGUCUCAGAGGAAGAGAGCGACGAGCACAGCCUGAUACACUGCCUGCUUCUCCCUAAUCUGCAGGAGAUAGUCACAGUGACAGCGGAACACAACAUUGUCAUGUAUGAUCUCCACAAGCUACAGCUGAAAAAGCAGUUUGCAGGGUAUAAUGACGAGGUUUUGGAAGUGAAAUUCGUGGGCCCCUGUGAUUCUCAUGUUGUCGUGGCCACAAACAGCCCACAACUGAAAGUGUUUGAGUUGGCGACAUCCAACUGCCAGAUCUUAUAUGGACAUACAGAGACGGUUCUGGCCCUGGACGUGUUUAAGAAAGGCCUCCUCUUCGUCAGCUGUGCUAAGGACCGAACCGUUAGAGUGUGGAGGAUGAAUAAAUCCACCGGCAUGGUGAAAUGCGUAGCCAUGGGCGGUGGUCACACGAAUGGUGUCGGGGCAAUCUCCUGUUCCAGAUUGAAGGUGUCCUUUUUAGUGAGCGGCAGCCAAGAUUUCACAUUGAAGUUGUGGAGGCUUCCUGAGUCCGUUUCCAAGCCAGCCAAAGGCCAGGCCUCUGGGCUAGAGAGUCUGUUUGCUGGUUGUACAGAAAAGGGUCAUGAUAAGGAUAUCAACAGCAUUGCAGUGUCUCCUAAUGACAAGCUGAUCGCCUCAGGGUCUCAGGAUAAAACAGCCAAGCUUUGGUCAUCCUCCGAUCUCUCCCUGAUUGGCAUCUUUAGGGGUCACAAGAGGGGCGUAUGGUGUGUGCAGUUUUCACCGGUGGACCAAGUUGUAGCCACGUCGUCUGCUGAUGGGUCCGUCAAACUGUGGAGCCUACAGGACUUCAGCUGCCUCAAGACAUUUGAGGGACAUGAUGCCUCGGUUCUGAAGGUCAUAUUCGUGAGCCGAGGAACGCAGCUGCUGACGAGUGGCUCCGAUGGCCUGCUGAAGCUUUGGACCAUAAAAACGAAUGAGUGCGUCAAGACACUGGACGUCCACGAGGACAAAGUGUGGGGCCUGCACAGCAACCAGCUGGACACUGCCCUGGUUACAGGAUCUGCAGACUCCAGCAUCGUUCUAUGGAAGGACGUCACAGAGACGGAGUUGGCGGAGGCGCAGGCGAAGCAGGAGGAUGAAAUCUUGAAACAACAAGAGCUGUCCAACCUCCUGCACGAGAAGAGGUUCCUGAAGGCGCUGGGCCUGGCUAUUGCCUUAGACCAACCUCAUACCGUGCUCACGGUUAUAAAAGCCAUCUUGCAUGAGCCGCAAGGAAAAGAGGAUCUGGAAAAAAACAUCCUGAGAUUACGCCAGGACCAGAAAGAGUCCAUCUUGAGAUACUGCAGCGUCUGGAACACAAACUCGCGCAACUGCCAUGAAGCUCAGUGUGUGCUAAAUAUCCUCCUCACACGUGAGCCUCCAGAUACCCUGCUCCAAUACGCCGGCAUCCGAGGCACCGUGGAGGCACUCCUACCCUACACAGAACGACACAUGCAGAGGAUGGGGAGGUUGCUACAGGCCUCCAUGUUUGUGGACUUCAUGUGGCAGCACAUGAGAAUAACCGAUUUACCUGAGGAGAAGGACAAGGUGGCCGACCCUUUUCUCAGUCUUGAUCUGACCAUCCAAGGAGACACCAAAGCAUGAGGACAUCCCUCACAGUUUACCCAGAGGUGUCUUUGGGCACCAGUGGUCUUUCCCAUUGUCCUCCUCCUGCAUUUCAUACUGCGCAUGGGAGUAUCAUUCAGGACGAGUCGUUUGUGGCUUACUGUGUGCCCAGAGGAACGUCAGGACUUGGGGUGUCCUUAUUUACCUGCCUGGCCCUGUAGUGGACCAUUAAUCCUGACACUCUACGCAGGAACUCUUGUUUCAUUUCUUAUCAGACAUUUGCAGAAAGACGGACAUCGCGGUUUUGUAACAGAUAAAAACUGUUUGUGCCAGACGUUAGUGGGUUACAGAACAUAGGAGGGUGUCUGCCCUGCCUAGUUCUAUGACAGCUUUGUGUAUCUCCUCUUCUACACCUCAUACAGGUGGUGGUCAUUAAUAGGAUGAAUUAUCUGCUCUUACUGACUGCUGCAUCUCAUCAGUUCAUUAUUACUGCGUAGAGUCAGCGCCGCUGGUCACCUGAAAGCCAAGAACUCCAGUUGUACAAAAGCUCUGUAAUAAAUUAAUGUUUUUACAUCUUAGAA